GGUAAGUCAAUAUUACGUUUUUUCUCCCCUCCUCGCUGACAAAGGCAAAUGAAGCCAUGUUUUUUGCUUACAAACAAGUAACAUCUUAACGCCCGGAUACGGAGCCGUGCGCCGAUGCGCUGCGCAGGAGAGGCCGGUGCAACCUUCAACUCGCUCUUCUUAUUUAUCACAUCUGGACGUUUGGAACGGGAUAGACGAUUGCUUUUUACAAGAAAAAAACAAACACAGAGAGCUUUUACUCGGGAUAUCGUGUCUCUUUAAAGAAAACUACUUGGCCUGCAACUCUGAAAAGAGAGCGAGGACGCGGCGCCGAAACCACAGAGGAAAUAUUAUCGGAUACAGAAAAUGAGUUUCGGGGCGAGCUGGUGAACCAGCGGUGGACACGAGGCGAGAGGACCAGCAGCCGCUGUCAGGCCUCCCAGAGACUGCAGAGCCGUCGACCAAUCAUGAUGAGCGUAGAGGGUGACGAUAAGCGAACUCGCACUCGGUCCAAGGGAAUCAGAGUUCCUAUUGAGGUUGUAGGACAAGAGCUGAGCUGCCCCACCCCUGGAUGCAAUGGCUCUGGCCAUAUCAGUGGGAGAUACUCACGACACAGAAGCAUUCUGGGUUGCCCCAUAGCGAGAAAGCGCCGUCUAGACGAAGCAGAGGCAGAGCAGGAACAAGAACAGGAAACAGAACGGCCUGCCUCCAAGAGGAAGUCCCACCCCCUGAAACUAGCCCUAGAUGAAGGUUUCAGUGCAGAGAGUGACGCAAGCAGUGAGGCUGAGGGCGAUGGAGAGAAAACAGAAGGAGCCAAGGUAGAAGAGGAAGUGGAGGAGACAGACACAGGUGUGGAGGAGGAGAGAGAGGAAAUGACAGAACUCACACAGGACGGACAGACAAACGGUCGGGAGGAGAACACACAACAGAAAGAGGAGGAAGAGACGUAUAAGAAGGAGAACUUUGCAGCUGAUGAAGAGGAGGAGUGUGUGAUCAUCGAGCCUGAGCUCAGAGCAGCGGUACCUGCAGCCGAGGAGUGUCACUCUCCCUCACAGAGCACCGAGGAGGUGGCCAACUCUCUCCUCCACCUGGGCUGUGUCAACAACAACAAUGCUCCAACUGUGGCCAUUCAGCAGACUGUUGCUAUGGAGACCGAGAAGGAUGUCACAUUGGCUGUUACACAGGGUGAAGAAGUAAAGGACGGGCAGGAGAAGGACACGAACGAAGGAGAAGAGGAAGAUGAGGAGGUGGCACAUGGAGUUCAAGCACUGAAGGAGUCAUCUGCUCUGCAGCAGGAGGCAGCUGAUGUGGAGGAUGAGCAAGGGGAGCACGAAGAUAUGAGCAACCACGUGAGCCCACAGCAUCUGACUAAAAGUGACCAGUGUGAACAGUUCAUAGGUAAAGACAAUGAAAAAGAAAAGAUAGUAGUGCCAAUGCAGCAGAGGCAGGGCACUUCAGCAGAUGAGGAGGAGCACAGGGGUGUUUUGCCCAUUUCUGAUGUGCCAACUGCUAUCCGCAUCAUCACCAGCACCGCAGCAGCUCAGGGAACACACAUCAAGGCUGAAGACCACAGGGCCAGUCCUCUGGAGGACUACAACUCAUGCGGGGCAAGUCCCUUUGAGAAUAGAGCCAGUCCACAAGACAGCUCUCUUAAGGCUAGCUCAAUUCCGAACUAUAAGGCCAGCCCUCCUUUAAGCUACAGCUCCCACAGGGCCAGUCCACUGGAGGACUACUUUCCCAUUCCCAGAGGGGAGAACUACAAAAUCCACAAAGCUUCAUCCUCAGCCUCUCCUGACAUUAUCGAGGUACGAUCCGAUAAGUCAGAGGACAAAGACUUUGACGACGUGGAUGGAGAUGACGAGCGCGAUGAUGAAGACAGCCUGUCGCAGCGCUCGGCAGUGACGGACGAGUCAGAGAUGUUCGACAUGACCCGAGGGAACCUGGGCCUGCUAGAGCAAGCCAUUGCCCUGAAGGCAGAGCAGGUGAAGCCAGCAGGGCCCAGAGAGCUGCUCUGCACACCAGAUAUCCACCACCAGCGGUACUUCACCAUGGAGGACAGGCCCAAGCACCUGGAGGUCAUCCGCAAGAGCUAUUUCAGCAAAGAGAGCAGCAGGCCAGAGAAGAGGGAGAACAAGUGUCCCACACCGGGAUGUGAUGGCACUGGUCACGUGACCGGUCUUUACCCCCACCACCGCAGCCUGUCAGGCUGUCCGCACAAGGACAGGAUCCCCCCAGAGAUUCUGGCCAUGCAUGAAAACGUGCUGAAGUGUCCGACUCCUGGCUGCACAGGUCAGGGCCAUGUCAACAGCAACCGCAACACACACCGCAGUCUUUCUGGUUGUCCCAUCGCUGCUGCAGAGAAGCUGUCUAAGAGCCACGAUAAGCAGCAUCUCUCUCAGUCAGGGAGCGAGCACCUCAAAGGAAGUCCCAAUGACAGAGUGCUGAGCCCCACCCUGACGUCCUCUCCCUCUCCCCCCUGCAGACCCAUGUGUUUUGUGAAGCAGCUAGAGGUGCCCCAGUACGGGAGCUACAGGCCCAACAUGGCGCCUUCCACACCUCGCGCCAACUUGGCCAAGGAGCUGGAGAAGUACUCCAAGGUGUCCUUCGAUUAUGCAAGCUUCGAUGCUCAAGUGUUCGGGAAGCGCACGCUUGCUCCAAAGAUGCCCACCAGCGAAACCUCACCUAAAGCCUUCAAAACUAAGCCGUCAUUCCCCAAGUCAUCAUCACCUAGCCUCAGCCUCCACGGUUAUGGGAAAAGCUCCUCAUUGGCCUACGACUACGCCCAUGAUGCCGAAGCUGCUCACAUGGCUGCCACUGCCAUCCUUAACCUGUCUACUCGCUGCUGGGAGAAACCUGAGAACCUUAGCACCAAACCCCAAAACAAGGAAAUGGACAUUGAAGUGGAUGAGAACGGCACCCUGGACCUGAGCAUGAAAAAGCCCAUUAAACGAGAGGGAAGUCUGUCUGGGACGAGUCCCGACGUUCGGUCUCCAGACCCUUCCUCCUCCUCUUCCUCGCUGCAUCAUGGUGGAAACAGCGGGAUGACAUCACCAAGCAUACACACCUACAAGCAGGAGGACUGGGAGGGACCUCUGGAUUACACCAAACCUAACCGUCAGAGAGAGGAGGAAAUGGACGAGAUGGAGCAUACCGGCCAGUCGUACGUCUCAUCCGAACCAGAGGACUGUGACAUGAUGCAGGAUUGCCUAGAGGAGAGGAAAUACCCAGGAGAGGUCACAACCCCGAGCUUCAAGGUCAAAUUUCAGCCCAAAGAUAGCAAGAAGGAGUUGCUCUCGUGUCCAACACCUGGCUGUGAUGGCAGCGGCCACAUCACUGGGAACUAUGCGUCCCAUCGCAGUCUGUCUGGGUGUCCUCUCGCUGAUAAGAGCCUUCGGUCCCUCAUGGCGGCCCACACCCCUGAACUCAAAUGCCCCACUCCAGGAUGUGACGGCUCAGGUCACAUCACAGGAAACUAUGCCUCACACAGAAGUCUCUCUGGGUGCCCGCGUGCCAAGAAAAGUGGAAUUAAAACUCCUACCAAGGACAACCAGGAGGACUCCGAGCUUUUAAAAUGUCCGGUGCCGGGCUGUGACAGCCUGGGCCACAUCAGUGGAAAGUACGCCACACAUCGUAGCGCUUACGGGUGCCCGCUGGCGGCCCGUAGACAAAAGGAGGGUCUUCUGAAUGGCACGCCAUUCAACUGGAAGGCCUUCAAGACAGAGGGUCCAACCUGCCCCACCCCAGGUUGUGAUGGCUCUGGACAUGCUAACGGAAGUUUCCUCACACACCGCAGCCUCUCAGGAUGCCCCAGAGCUUUGUAUGCUAAGAAGAAGGCCAAGUUCCCUACAGAAGACUAUCUGAGCACUAAGUUCAGAGCCAGUGAUGUUUUGGACAAUGAUGAGGACAUCAAGCAGCUCAACAAAGAGAUUAAUGACCUUAAUGAAUCCAACAAUGAAAUGGAGGCUGACAUGGUCAACCUGCAGACUCAGAUCUCCUCUAUGGAGAAGAACCUGAAAAGCAUUGAGCACGAGAAUAAGAUGAUUGAGGAGCAGAAUGAGGCUCUGUUCAUGGAGCUGUCUGGUCUGAGCCGAGCCCUCAUCCGCAGCCUGGCUAAUAUCCGUCUGCCGCACAUGCAGGAGCCAAUCACAGAGCAGAACUUUGACAGAUACAUCAGCACCCUGACUGACAUGUACACCAACAAGGACUGCUUCCAGAGCCCUGAGAACAAGGCUCUGCUGGAGAGCAUCAACAAAGCUGUGAAGGGCAUCAAGGUUUGAGGCUCCACACAUACAAAUGGAGAACGCAAACUGUCCCAAAGUGCAGAGAACGCGGUGGAGGUGGAGUCAGGAAGGAGAGAGGUUGAAAUGCUCUAUGAUAUAUCGAAAUAUGAUUCAAAAACAAAAAAAGGGAAUUCAGGUUAUUUAAGUAAAUGGCAACUUAAAAAAAAAUCAACCCAGGGAGCACUCUGUUAAAGAAAAGUGACGCGGACCAAAAUCCACAUCAUGCUGCUGCUGGGAUUCAAAGGAGGAACCAGAAGAAGAUCCAUGUUACUAGAAGCUGUAUCUGGGGGUUUAAAUAUACUGUAUGUUUACCUGUUGUCUCUUUUGUGUCCUUAACUGUUUUUCGGAGAGGGUUUCGCAACUGGUCAGUCAGUUUUUUAGCAUUUCUCCUCAGCCGGAACACUGAGACAGGCGAGGCUCGAGUAUUGCUCGCCAGAGCCCAGAGACAGGAAGAGGAGCACUAACUGGAGCAGAAGACUCCCACCGCCGCUGUCUCCUGUAGCAUUCUCUAUGGCAAGCAUCUGCAGCUCUGAAAAUCUCUGUGAUCCACAACCAUACUCGCACCACACCCCCCAGCAAUAUGAAGCAUGCACUAAACUGAAUGUGCGUUUGCUUGGUGGUAUUACUGCAGCGAUCAUCAGCGGGGAAAAAAAACCUCAUCGAGCAAGGUCGCGAGUGAGAUUAAACGCUGCAGCCCCCCCCCCCCCCCCCCC